GGGUCUGGUGCUCGAACGGGGGCCAUUUUGCGGAGGGCUGCCUCCCGGAGCCGGGGGCGGCGGGGCAGCUGGCGGAAGCGGUUUCCUUUUCCUGGUCUGCGGCCUGGGGCUUGAGAGGAACUGGAAGGCUGGGCUCCCCCGAGCCCUUCGGAGACGGCGAUGGUUCCCUUCGGCCACCGCCACCUGACGCCCCUCCAUGGCGGCUGCGCCCUCCGCGCUACUCCUGCUGCCGCCCCUUCCAGCCGUCUGUGCCUGUCGCCUCCAGAGCCGCGCUCGGCGUCGUCCUUCCGCUCCAGAGACCGGUGGUAGUCGAGUCGGGGGCGCCAUGAGAGGAGAAAAGAGCUACUACUGCCGUGGAGCUGCGGGAGACCACGGUUCCUGCCCCGCUGCCCCUUCGCCCCUGGCCUCGGCCCUGUUGAUGCCCGCGGAGGCCGUCUCAAGUGGCUGGUCUGGGUCUGGAGGCGACGACGAGGAGACCCGGCUCCUUCAACUUCUCCGCACCGCGCCGGAUCCUUCCGAGGCCUUCCAGGCUUUGCAGGCUGCUUUGCCGCGGCGAGGCGGUCGACUCGGCUUCCCCCGACGCAAGGAAGCCCUGUAUCGAGCACUGGGCCGAGUGCUUGUGGAAGGAGGCAGCGAUGAGAAGCGACUCUGCUUGCAGCUCCUCUCGGACGUUCUCCGGGGGCAGGGGGAGGCAGGCCAGCUGGAAGAGGCCUUUAGCUUAGCGCUCCUGCCUCAGCUGGUUGCCUCCUUACGGGAAGAGAAUCCAGCUCUGCGGAAGGAUGCCCUGCAGAUCUUGCACAUCUGUCUGAAACGUAGUUCUGGACAGGUACUGAGAACGCUCAUACAGCAAGGACUGGAAGGGACCGAUGCCCGGCUUCGAGCUUCCACCGCACUGCUACUCCCCAUCUUGCUUACUCCUGAGGAUUUGUUGCUGGGCCUGGAUCUCACCGAGGUGAUCAUAUCCCUGGCCCGAAAGCUUGGCGGUCAGGAGUUAGAGGAAGAAUCGGAGACAGCUUUCUCUGCGCUUCAACAAAUUGGGGAGCGGCUUGGCCAAGACAGGUUUCAGUCCUAUAUCUCUCGCCUGCCCUCUGCCCUGAGGAGGCACUACAAUCGCCGCCUGGAGUCCCAGUUUGGAAGUCAGAUUCCUUAUUAUUUGGAACUCGAAGCCUCUGGAAUUCCUGAAGAUCCCGUUCCCUGUGCGGUGACUCUUUCUAACACCAAUCUUAAAUUUGGAAUUAUUCCUCAAGAGCUACAUUCAAGAUUGUUGGAUCAGGAAGACUAUAAGAACCGGACGCAGGCCGUUGAAGAACUGAAGCAGGUGCUGGGAACAUUUAACCCUAAUUCUACCCCUCAUUCUAGUCUUGUUGGCUUCAUUAGCUUGUUAUAUAAUUUGUUAGACGAUUCUAACUUCAAAGUGGUCCAUGGCACACUUCAGGUCCUGCAUUUACUGGUUGUUCGCCUUGGAGAGCAGGUACAACAGUUCUUAGGACCAGUUAUAGCAGCUUCUGUCAAAGUGCUGGCAGACAACAAGCUGGUGAUCAAACAAGAAUACAUGAAAAUUUUCCUCAAGCUAAUGAAGGAAGUAGGUCCUCAACAGGUACUUUGUUUACUCCUGGAACAUCUCAAACAUAAGCAUUCCAGAGUGAGAGAAGAGGUAGUGAACAUUUGCAUCUGCUCCCUGCUGACCUAUCCCAGUGAGGGUUUUGACUUACCCAAGCUGUCUUUUGAUCUUGCCCCAGCUCUUGUAGAUAGCAAGCGCAGGGUACGCCAAGCAGCGCUAGAGGCUUUUGCUGUGUUGGCAUCAUCAAUGGGCUCAGGUAAAUCCAGCAUCCUUUUUAAAGCUGUGGAUACUGUUGAAAUGCAAGAUAACGGAGAUGGAGUGAUGAAUGCUGUGCAAGCCAGAUUGGCCAGGAAAACCCUACCGAGGCUUACAGAACAGGGGUUUGUGGAAUAUGCAAUACUCAUGCCAUCUUCUGCGCAGGGUAGGUCAAGCCAUUUGGCACAUGGAGCAGAUACAGACUGGCUUUUGGCUGGUAACAGAACGCAGAGUGCACACUGUCACUGUGGUGACCACAUGAGGGAUAGCAUGCAAAUCUAUGGAUCUUACAGUCCAACUGUCUGUACCCGAAGGGUAUUAAGUGCAGGAAAAGGAAAAAAUAAAUUACCAUGGGAAAAUGAGCAACCUGGAAUCAUGGGAGAAAACCAAACCUCCAGUUCCAAGGAUAUAGAGCAGUUUUCAGCAUAUGAUUUCAUCCCCUCUCCAAAAUUAAAGCCCUCUCAAGGAAUGCCAGUCAAUGAUGAUUUAUGUUUUAGCAGGAGAAGAGUGUCAAGAAACUUAUUUCAGAAUAGUCGGGAUUUUAACCCAGAUUCUCUUUCUGUAUGUGCUGCUGGUACUACUGGGACUCAUCAAACAAAUCUUUCUGGAAAAUAUGGACAGCUUGGAUUUUCAAAGAUAUGUGGUAAAACUGGCAGUGUGGAUUCUGACUUACAAUUCCUGGGCACAACUAGUAGUCAUCAAGAUAAAGUGUAUUCUAGCCUAAAUUUUGGCAGUAAGACACAGCAAACAUUUGGUAGUCAAACAGAACGUACAUCAUCAUACUCUGGUUCUAAUCCAAGUCCAGGAACCUACAUCCUUCCAUCCUAUCCUCUCUCAUCGCCUCGAACAAGCCCAAAGCACACAUCUCCAAAGAAGUCUCAAGAUAAUUCUAUUAAUUUCUCAAAUUCCUGGCCUCUUAAAAGCUUUGAAGGACUGUCAAAGCCAAGUCCACAGAAAAAGCUUGUCAGCCAAAAAUCAUCUGAUCCUACAGGGGAAAAUUCUCAAGAAAAAUCUUCUCCAGUUCAGCUUAUACCUGCCUUGGUGAGAUCACCAUCUUCCCGACGAGGCCUAAAUGGGACAAAGCCUGUCCCUCCCAUACCACGGGGACUAACCCUUUUGCCUGAUAAAACUGAUUUAAGCACAGUGGGACACCAAAAGAAAGAGCCUGAUGAUAUUUGGAAGCAUGAAAAAGACAGUCUUGUAAUUGAUCUUUCAGAAUUAAAUUUCAAGGAUAAAGAUUUGGAUCAAGAAGAGAUGCAGAGCUCUCUUAGGUUCCUUCGUAAUAGUGCAGCUAAGAAAAGAGCAAAACUGAGUGGUAGUACUUCUGAUCUUGAAAGUCCUGAUUCUGCAAUGAAGCUCGACUUGACUAUGGACUCUCCAUCUCGGUCUUCCUCUCCAAACAUCAGUUCUUACAGUGAAAGUGGAGUUUACAGCCAAGAAUCAUUGACUUCUUCUCUGUCUACAACUCCCCAGGGGAAGAGAAUAAUGUCAGACAUAUUUCCAACAUUUGGAUCAAAACCUUGUCCAGCAAGAAUUUCUUCUGGAAAGAAUAAAAACCCGAAUAUUGCUGAACAAAGCUCCAGUGCAGGGAUUACACCAUCCAGUGUAAGCGUAAUUGGCCAACGUAUGAACUAUGAGUUUGCAUGUGGUGAUUUUGAAGAUGAUAGGUCACAUGGCAUUUCAUCUAGUGCUUUAGAAGUAAAAAAUAAAGAACACCCCAGACAUUAUAAGCAUACAAAAGGAUUUACAGGGUCAUCAUCAAAUUCACAGCAAAUUUCCAGUUUUGACUUCACUUCCACAAAUAUCUUAUCAGAAGAUUCAGUAGUAGUUGUUGGAAAAGGCGUAUUUGGAAGUCUAAAUUCAGCACUGGCAACCUGCAGCCAAUCAGUGAUAUCUUCUUUGGAAAAUGGGGAUACAUUUUCAGUUAAACAAAGUACUGAACCACCAUCAGGGAUUUAUGGAAGAGCAGUUCAGCAAAGUAUUCCAUCAUAUCUUGAUGUUGAGAAUGAAAAAGAUACUAAAGUUUCUGUUUCAAAAUCUACCUAUGACAAGAUGAGACAAAAGAAAAAAGAAGAAAAAGAACUUUUUAACAUGAAAGAUUGUGAAAAGAAGGAAAAGAAUUCCUGGGAACGAGUGAAACAUAAAGGAACUGAAAAAAUGGCAUCUGAAAACUUAACUGUUUUUGGAGAUGAAGUGGGGCUAUUAAAAAAUGAGAGUUCCCCUUUAGAAAACAUUGCCUUCAGCCCUCCAGUCAAAGGGUCCAGCUUAAAACGGUCAUCAUCUUUAGUGUUUUCAGAUUCAG